AUGAAUGAAAAUUCAAUUAGUCAAUAUUCAGAAAUUGAUUUAAUAAGUGAUAAUCCAUUUAAAAAUUAUUUUGUAGUUGAAAAAUUACUAAAUAAUAAUAAUAAUAAUAUUAACGAUACCAUUGGUAAUAAUCACUAUUCAAAUAAUAAUAAUAAUAAUAAAUUUUUAAAUAAUAAUAAUAAAAAUAAAAUAAAUAAAAAACAAAUAAUAUUAAAAGUUCAAAAGAAAUCAAAUAAAGCAAUGAAAGAAUUAACAGUUAUGCAAAAAAUUGGAUAUUAUUCAAAUCAUGUUGUUAAUGUUUAUGGAUAUUUUAAUUUAAAAGGAUGUGAUAGAAUGUUAAAACCUAGAUUACUCUCUGACAAUGAUGAGUUGAUAUUCAUGGAAUGUGAAGAUAUGGGACAAUAUCAAACUUUAGAAAUGAUAAUUGAACGUCGUAAAUGUAAAGGAUCAUUAGUGAUGACAAGAUUCAUCAUGAGAGGUAUACUUGCAUCUGCUUACUAUUUCGAAUCACAUCAAGUAAUUCACCAAACUCUUCACCCAGGUAACAUAUACAUCUUGGAAGAUUCCCUAGGAACCGACGAUCAAUCAGUUGUAAAAUUUUCAAAUUUAGAACACUGUUUAUUAAUUGGUUCUACAAAUUCAUCAUUAUCAUCAUUAUCAUCAUCAACAUCAUCAUCUUCAUCCUCAUCAUCAUCUACAAAUUGUAAUAAUAAUACCACCGAAAAUAAUAAUAAUAAUUAUAAUAAUAAUAAUAAUAAUAAUAAUAAUAAUAAUAAUAAUAAUAAUAAUAAUUCAUUAAAUGAUAGAUUUGUACUUGGUAAAGAUUCAGUAUGUUAUAGUAUUUAUAGUGAUAGACAUCAGAGUAGAAAUUUAUUUAAAGUUGUAAGUUCAAAUACAGUUUCUUUUACAGUUGGUAUUAUUUAUUUGGAAUUAUUAUUAUCAACUAUUUAUGAUCACGUUUUUCCUAAUGAAGAGUAUAUAAAUUCAUUGAGAGAGAUAGUAAGGAAUGGGAAAUUGGAUAUCUAUACAAAUCAAGCAACAAACACUAAAUAUUUUAGAUUUAAUCAAAAUCAUCAAAUUGAAAUAACUGAUUUAAUUAAAGAUGAUAUCUCAUUAAUAUUAACUUUAUUACAAGAUUCAUCAACUAGACCAACAAUAACACAAUUUAUUAUUGAUUAUUUAUUUUAA